AUUUCAGGAUUAAGUUUACUUCGGCAAAUGGCUACAUUAGAUUAUUAUGAUCCUUCUUGGGGAGUUAAUGCUUACUACAGCAGAGAAAACAAUGCCUUAGUUACACUCAAUGCUUAUUUACAGCCACCUAUAUUUAACCAUGAUUUUCCAGCAGCAUUUAAUUAUGCAGGAAUUGGAGUAACUCUUGGACAUGAACUAACUCAUGCUUUCGAUGCUUGGGGAUCUUAUUACGACGCAGAGGGAAAGUACAACAAUGAUUGGUUGCUACCAGAUAUACGGCGUAAAUUUCAAGAACGAAAGCAAUGCUUUGUGAAACAAUAUGGAAAUAUUAAAGUACAAGUUGAUGGAACACUUUUAUCAAUAAAUGGCUCAUUGACAGCUAAUGAAAAUAUUGCUGACAACGGUGGACUUAUUGCAGCAUUUAAUGCUUUUCAACUGCUUAGACAAAAAGUUAAUUAUCCCAAGCAUGUAUUUAAUGGUUUAAGACAAUAUAAUGACGAACAACUUUUCUUCAUUCACUAUGCUUAUGUAUGA